GAAAAGUCCAAAAACGUUUGUAUGACAAAGAUUUAUAUACAGCGCCUCGUGAUCUUGAUCUGUCAAAAUAUGGAAUGCUUCUUUAAAAAGAUAUUUUUCGUAUUUUCAUUUAUUGGAUAGGAUGACAGCUGAAGACAGUUUAAUUCUUAUUCUUAGUAACUGCUAAUAUUGAUAUAAUAACACCUUUAAAUUUAUGUUUUCGUUCAGAAAGUAUUACGUCACAUUAGUUCGUGCAUUUUCAACAAUGGCAUCAUUUGAAACACUGAAGUUUGAUAAUCUUGCAUUAAAGUCUUUACCAAUAGAUCCAGUGAAGGAAAACACAAUAAGACAGGUACCCGGAGCAUGUUUUUCUUUAGUAAAUCCUGCACCUGUAGAUAAUCCAAAAAUGGUUGCGUAUUCACCGAGUGCUAUGGCAUUGUUAGAUCUGUAUGGCCAUGAAAUGAAGAGACCAGAUGCAGCGGAGUAUUUCAGCGGAAACAAACUUUUACCUGGCAGUCAAACUGCAGCUCAUUGUUACUGUGGACAUCAAUUUGGCUACUUCUCGGGACAGCUUGGUGAUGGUGCUGCAAUGUAUUUAGGUGAAGUAAUCAAUGAGAAAAAUGAGAGGUGGGAGAUACAGUUGAAAGGUGCGGGACCAACACCUUAUUCUAGACAUUCUGAUGGUAGAAAAGUUUUAAGAAGUACAAUAAGGGAGUUUCUAUGCAGUGAGGCUAUGCACCAUUUAGGUAUUGGCUCGACUCGAGCUGGCACAUGU